GUGCAGCUCUGACUUUGCGUGAAACUAAGUAGGAAAUGAAGCUGUGGGGACAACGCAGUAAGCCUGGACAAGCCUAAGUAGAGAUGUCACUGUCCAAACGUGAUCUGGAUGAACUGAAACCAUGGGUGGAGAAGACAGUGAAGAGGGUACUGGGCUUCUCAGAGCAGACCGUGGUCACGGCUGCACUCAACUGCGUGGGCAAAGGGAUGGACAAAAAGAAAACAGUGGAGCACCUGAAACCGUUUCUGGACGACUCGACGGUGCGGUUUGUGGACAAGCUGUUCGAGGCGGUGGAGGAAGGUCGUAACACCCGGCACUCCAAAUCCGGCGGGGAGAAACACAGGAAAAGGGAGCUAAAGGAGGUCUUUGGCGAGGAUUCGGAGGUCACUCGGGAAUCGUCGUCCAAGAGGAAACGGAUCCUGAGGUUUGAAGAGGUUGAGGAGAAUGACAUUAUCCCCGGACCACCCACAGAGAGUCCAGGCAUGCUGACAAAGAUUCAGAUCAAACAGAUGAUGGAGGCGGCGACAAAGCAGAUUGAGGAACGGAAGCGGCAGCUGAGUCUGAUCACCCCUUCAUUCCAGCAGCGGGUUUCGGCCCUGGCUCCCAACGCUGACCUGCCUCCGAUGGGUCAGACCAUCCAGCCCUCCCAGGCAGCCUCCUUUAUGAACGAUGCCAUUGAAAAGGCCAAGAAGGCGGCCGAACUGCAGGCCCGGAUCCAGACCCAGCUCUCCUUGAAGCCCGGACUGCUGCAGAGCACCAACCUGGUGGGCCUCGCCAAUCUGCACGCCAUGGGCAUCGCACCCCCCAAAGUGGAGUUGAAGGAGCACCUGAAGCCGACACCGCUGAUACUGGACGACCAGGGCCGAACGGUGGACGCCACUGGGAAGGAGGUGGAGCUGACCCACCGGAUGCCCACCCUGAAAGCCAACAUCCGGGCGGUGAAGCGGGAGCAGUUCAAGCAGCUGCUGCUGAGGGAGAAGCCCAGCGAUGACCUGGAGGCCAACACCUUCUACGAUCCCCGUGUGCCCGUGCUGCCCUCCCAGCGCCAGAAGAGGAUCUUCCGCUUCCAUGAGAGGGGCAAGUUUGAGAAAAUAGCCCAGAGGAUACGCACCAAGGCGCAGCUGGAGAAACUGCAGACCGAAAUCGCACAGGCGGCCAAGAAGACGGGCAUCCAGACCUCGACCAAGUUGGCACUGAUCGCCCCCAAGAAGGAGCUGAGGGAGGGCGAGGUGCCGGAAAUCGAGUGGUGGGAUUCCUACAUCAUUCAGAGCGGGAUCGAGCUGACAACGGAGAAUCUGAAGAAUGAACAGAAUUUCCACGGCAUUACAAACUUGGUGGAGCAUCCGACUCAAAUCAGCCCUCCCGUUGACACAGACAAGCCGGUGACGCUUGGUGUUUACCUGACCAAGAAGGAGCAGAAGAAGCUGCGACGACAGACUCGGCGGGAGGGCCUGAAGGAGAUGCAGGAGAAGAUACGUCUGGGGCUCAUGCCUCCUCCUGAGCCAAAGGUGCGGAUCUCCAACCUGAUGCGGGUUCUCGGGACAGAAGCUGUGCAGGAUCCAACCAAGGUGGAGGCUCACGUCAGGGCACAGAUGGCCAAGAGGUUAAAGGCUCAUCAGGACGCCAACAGUGCCCGCAAGCUGACAGCUGACCAGCGGAGAGAGAAGAAGAUCAAGAAGCUGAAGGAAGACGUGUCCCUGGGCGUCCACAUCGCAGUCUACCGAAUCCGAAACCUGAGCAACUCAGCGAAGAAGUUCAAAGUGGAAACCAAUGCGGGGCAGCUGUACCUGACGGGAACUGUAGUCCUGCACAAAGAUGUUAACGUGGUGGUGGUAGAGGGAGGUCCCAAAGCACAGAAGAAAUUCAAGCGUCUGAUGCUGCAUCGUAUAAAGUGGGCUGAGCAGACUGCCACUUCUCGAGACGACGACGAAGACGGAUCAGACGAUGAGGUUGUGAAGAAGGUGAACAAGUGUGUGCUGGUGUGGGAGGGAACGGCGAAGGAGAGGAGUUUUGGCGACAUGAAAUUCAAACAGUGUCCGACAGAGAGCAUGGCACGGGAGCAUUUCAAGAAACACGGAGUGGAGCAGUACUGGGACCUAGCCAUCAGUGAAUCGGUGCUGGAGGUUACAGAGGACUGAGGUGGCAGCAUUCCGCUCCGUGUCUUCCAACUGUCUGUGGCCAUUUUGGAUUUUUCACGGGUGUUGGGCUUGGGAGGGUGAGAGGAGAUGGUGUCUUGGUGUGAGACGGGCUUUCGUCUAGGGCUGGGAGGAAGCCAAGAGCUCCAGGGCUCUCUGAUCCAAAAUGCAGGAAUUGAAUAUUGCCUCCAGAUAUAGGUACCGCUAUUCUCUUGUACACGCCAUUCUCCGUACAGCUAUCGUGUCGCCAGAGCAUGUAGGAGACUGGAAAGAUGUGCAGUCCUUUCUGACAGUGCUUACAUCUGCCGGGGAAAGUAAUAUUGAGCGUUACAAAUGUGAUACAGUGGCCAGUCACAGCAUGAAAAGAGAAAGGGGUUCUCAUAAUCCCUAUUCCGGUCCAUUUUGACGAUUCUGAUGCUUUUGAGCUCAAUUGUUUUCCGAACAGCUUCUAGUCUCUUUGGAGCCGGGGGGAUCCUGUUAGGAACCAGCUGCUUCCCUGGCGCUGUCCACCCUGGUUUGCAUGUUUGUUACAAGUAAAACAAGUGGAGAGAGCAGAGACUGGGGUUGGUAGGGGGGUGGGGGGGGGCAGAAAGGUCGUGGGGUCGGUGUGAUCAUUUUCUCUCCUCCUCCCCCCCUCCCCCGCCCGGAAAGAAUCUUCACCCCUGUAAAAGAAAUUGGCACCUGCCUUUGUUGAGGUCGGUCAAACAGGUUUCUGGAAUGAUCCAUGUCACUUUUACCCACUGAAUACCUUUAGGACAAAUUCGGUUUAGAAGGUUGAUCAGAAAGUUUUGGUAUUUUAUUCCAGCCAGGGCUGAGGCUUGAGACCCUCAUUCUAUUCAAGUUCAGUGAUGAGUGCAUUGCAAUAUGUCAUUCCCGACCUUCGGUUUGCAGUCCUUUUCCCCAGAAAGUCAUUCAUCUCCCUUUUUACCUUGCAUGCUCACUUUCUCUCUCCCUCUCUUUUAUUCCUUUCUCCCUCUCUCUCUCU